AUGUCUUUCUCGUUCGGGUUCGCGGGCGCCGAUAUCGACGCCGGGCCGGGGGAUGCCGCGCACGAGACGCAGCAGCGGCAGCAGCAGCAGCAGCAGCAGCAGCAGCAGCAGGUUCCGGCGCGGCGGGCGGACGGGCAAGCAGGCGCGUUCCCCGUCCCCAGACGGCGGCAGCUUGCCGCGGAGCGCCACGGGCUCAGGGCCAUGCUGUCCGGCCUGCCGUCGAGGAUCGCGUACGACACGCUGGACGUGACGCUGGACGAUGGGCAGGUGGUGGCGCUGCCGCGGCGCGAGCUGUGGGAUGUGCGCGUGCAGCUCAUGGCUGAGGAUGACGGCGGCCGCGACGGCGACGGCGACGGCGACGGACUGCGCGACGGACUGGGCGAUCGUGAUGUCAAGACGGGCGUCUACGAGGGUGGCUUCAAGAGCUGGGAGAGCAGCGUCGACCUCGUCAAGGUCCUGGCCACGCACAGCCACCCGGCUUCGUGGGCAUGCAAAUCCGCUCGCAUCAUCGAGCUGGGAUGCGGAACUGCCCUCCCCUCGCUGGCCAUGUUCCGCUGGAUCAUGGCCUUGGAGCCGUUGCCAGACCGCCGGCAAGUUUCCUUCAUACUGGCCGACUACAACCCUUCUGUCCUGCAACUGGUCACGCUGCCCAACCUCAUCCUCACAUGGGCCCUGUACCACCGGCAACGCAUUCCCGUCCUGCAAGAUGCCUUUUCUCUCCCAGGCGAGCUGGAGCUGACUCCCAUUGUCCUUGAAACCUUUGAGACGUACCUCUCCACUCACGGCAUUCAGCUCUCGUUCCUGUCUGGCGGCUGGUCUCCAGAUUUUGUUCAAUUACUAUACCAGGAGCCCGGCCCAUGCAACGACGACUCCUCUGCCUCGGAAGCCUCGCCCGUGACCAUGCUGCUGGGCGCUGAAACAAUAUACUCUCCAUUUGCUCUCCAAGCGUUUGCCGAAAUGGUCCUGUCCGUCUUGCACCGAGAAAAGAGCAUGUUUUCCGCCCAUGCCUCGGCGUGGAUUGCUGCCAAAAGACUCUAUUUUGGCGUCGGAGGUUCCUUGGACGAUUUUGUGGACAGAAUCGAAGCAAGGGGCGUGACUGUAUCGACAGUCCGGGAGGAGACCGACGGCGUCAGACGGGGGGUGGUCCGUUGCGUGCUUCCACAGCCAACCUAG